UUUCUUCUUCUUAAUUUACCAGUUCGCUCUUCUCCUUCCUUUAUAGAUUAAAAAAAAAACCCAAGAUCACUGAGCUCCAUUGUUAACAGAUAAGAAAAGACCCCUUCUAUCGUAUCAGCAAACAAAACCCAUGUUUUGAAAGCUCCCGAUACGCCUUAAAAGUGCACAAAGAAACAAGGAAGAAACGUGGGAAAAAAAACAAUGUCAGGGUUUGGGAAACAUUCGGGUCCAACAAGUGCCCCGAAAUCUGCAAACCCUUUUCAGUUUCAACGCCCUCCUCCUCCUUCCACCGCUCCCCCGAUCAGACCCGCGAGAGUAAAUGAAGCUGUAGACAGAGUACGGUCACCGUCGUCGACUCUUGAGUAUUCUGGUCCUUCUGUGAGACCUUAUCAAUAUGGUGGUGUCCAGAGGCCUGUUGAAUCAUAUCCCAGAUGGGAUGAUGGAAAAAUUUCCUUAAAAGAUUAUGAUGCUCAAAUUCGUCCCAGGCCAGUUGUCACCGCAUCAUUUACUGCUCCGCAAAAUUCAGAAACUAACUUUACUGCCAAGGUUAGAUUUCAAGAGCCAAAGACACCACCAAGGGUAUCUUCAGAUGACACUAUACCAAGAAACUCCACUCAGACGAUCCUUCAAAGGCCUUCUUUUCGUCCCCAAAUGCCGCACAAUCCAGUCAUAUUGCCAGCCACCUAUCCCGAUUUCCCAACUCGUCAAGACCGGUCUGUGGUCUCACCUCAUUUAGGUUCCCCUGACUACAGAUUUGAUGACAAAUUUUCUCAGGAGCAUCCCAUGUUUUUUCACAAUGGCUCUAAAAGGCCAAUGGGAUCUCCUCCUAGGUUAGGUACCAAGACAACUUCUCCUAGCUCUAACGUACCAGCCCGUCCGAGAUCCUUGCCUUCUGCGGGAAAUGAUCCUUAUCUUGCAGUGCCUCCAGUUUCUAAUAGAACAAGGUCUACUUUAAUUUACGGUGAUGAAUUUCUUCAGGAUAACUCCACUCCUAUUGAAGUGCAAAACAUUGCGCCUUCAGUUUCUAAAAGAACGAGGUCUCCUCCAAUUUACGAUGAUGAAUUUCUUCAGGAUAACUCCACUCCUACUGAAGUGCAAAACAUUGGGCCUUCAGUUUCUAAAAGAACAAGGUCUCCUCCUUUAAUUUAUGAUGAUGAAUUUCUUCAAGAUAACUCCACUCCUACUGAAGUGCGAAACAUCGGCCUUUCAGUUUCUAAAAGAACACGGUCUCCUUCAAUUUACCGUGAUGAAGUUCUUCAGGAUAACUCCGCUCCUAUUGAAGAUGAUACUGAGCGAGAAUUGCAGGCUAAAGCAAAGCGAUUAGCUCGUUUUAAAACUGAAUUGAGUGAACCUGAUCGGAUGAAUCCUCCGCAUUUUGCAAAUCAAAGAUUGUCUACAACUAGAUUUCAGCACAAUGUGGAAGAGAAAAAUAAACAUGUUGGGGAACAGUCUAUGGAUUCAUCAAGGGAGUUCUUGAAUGACACUGUUUUAUCUGAUUUUGACGGCACAGAAGCAUCCAGAGUCAUUGUUGGGUUAUGUCCGGAUAUGUGUCCGGAGUCCGAAAGGGCAGAAAGAGAAAGAAAAGGUGAUCUUGACCAGUACGAACGCUUGGAUGGUGAUAGAAACCAAACAAGUGAAUACCUCGCUGUUAAGAAGUAUACUAGAACAGCUGAGAGAGAAGCAAGUUUGAUACGGCCCAUGCCAGUCCUGCAAAAGACGAUAGACUAUCUACUUGAUUUGCUGGAUCAGCCGUAUGAUGACCGGUUUCUUGGAAUAUAUAACUUUCUCUGGGAUAGGAUGAGAGCAAUUCGGAUGGACUUGAGGAUGCAGCACAUCUUCGACAAAGGGGCUAUCACUAUGCUAGAGCAAAUGAUAAGACUUCACAUAAUUGCCAUGCAUGAAUUAUGUGAAUACACCAAAGGAGAGGGCUUCUCUGAGGGAUUCGAUGCACAUCUAAAUAUUGAGCAGAUGAACAAAACAUCAGUUGAGCUAUUCCAAAUGUAUGACGAUCACAGGAAGAAAGGAAUAAAUGUUCCAACAGAAAAGGAGUUUAGGGGUUAUUAUGCACUUCUCAAACUUGACAAGCAUCCGGGGUAUAAAGUAGAGCCUGCGGAGCUCUCACUGGACCUUGCUAAGAUGACUCCAGAGAUACGACAAACACCAGAAGUGCUAUUUGCUCGUAAUGUAGCUAGGGCUUGCAGAACGGGUAAUUUUGUUGCCUUCUUCAGACUUGCAAGGAAGGCAAGCUACCUUCAAGCAUGUUUGAUGCAUGCUCAUUUUGCAAAGUUACGGACCCAGGCUUUUGCUUCUCUACACUCUAGUCUUCAGAACAACCAAGGCCUCCCUGUUACCCAUGUUGCCAAGUGGCUUGGGAUCGAGGAAGAGGACAUUGAAAGCAUUUUAGACUAUUAUGGUUUUUCAAUAAGGGAAUUUGAAGAGCCAUAUAUGGUGAAGGAUGGUUCAUUUCUUAAUGCUGAAAACGACUAUCCUACCAGGCGUUCAAGACUGGUUCUUCGAAGACGAUCUAGAACAAUAGCUGGAGAUGUUGUAGCUCCUCAUGAAGUGACUCCCUUGCCCAUAGUAACGUCAAAAGAGAGUCAACUGGGUAAAGCAUAUACACAAAGAGCAAAGGCCACACCUCCUAAAAGGAAAAGUUCCGUUUUAGCAGUCGAUGAAGAAAUGUCCGACUCUAAAGUUGUUCCUUCUCCAAAGUCUAGUUUGCAAUUGCAUUCUGCUACCAAGACAUCAAAAGGGUUACAACAGCUCCAAGAGGGUCAUAUCCACUCUGGUUCCUACAAACCAUUUAAUUUCUCUUUGGAUCGUAGUUCCCCUAGGUCACCUCCAGCUAAAGUUGGAGUUAUGGAGAAAGCCAACAAUGAUACUCUUUUCACCAUAUCAGGAGACGGAACAAAUGUUUCUGGCAUGAAACAAGUGCCACUAUUUUUUUCACAGGCAUCUCAGCCUGAGAGAUUGCCUAGUGGUAGAUUUGAUCUCCCUGCAGAAAACUCCGUACCUCGAAGUAUGGCUGAUAAUGUAAAAUCUCUGCCAGUGAGAUCCCCUAGUGGCAAAUUUACAGACAACUCAAUACCUCAAACUAUGGCUAUUACCGACUUAAAAUCUCAGUCGGAGAGGCCAAGUGUCAAAUACAACUAUGCUUUGGGAAAUUCAGAACCUCAAGGAAUGGCAGUAGAUGGUUUAGGAGAUAAACCUCGGGAUAGUCAUCAAGAACUCGAAAAUCAGAAAAUAGUAGCGAAUAUUCAACAUAAGGAAGUUGCCGAAGCAAAACUCAAGUUGAUCCUGAGGUUGUGGAGUCGACGUGCUGCAAAACAAAGGUUGUUACGUGAACAAAGGCAAUUAGCAGCUGAAGCUGCAUUAAGUUCAUUACCACUGGGUAUACCACUUCGGCAGAAUAACAAUCAAUGGAACACAUUUGGUGAGCUUGACUUUGAUCAUGUCAUGAGGGAGAGAUACGAAAAAUAUGAAAGCUCAUGGUCGAGGUUGAAUGUUUCUGAUGUAGUAUCGGGCAUAUUGGGUCAAAGAAAUCCGGAUGCUAAAUGCCUAUGCUGGAAAAUUAUAUUAUGUUCUCCCGAGAGCAAACAAGGAGAUCAACUGGGGCAAAAAAACCAGGUUGGCCAAUUGGCAGCAGGCCCGUGGUUGUUCUCUAAGAUUAUGCCUUCUUCAGAAGAUGGUAACGGUGAUGAUUUAGCCAUAACAUCUACUGGUGUGUCAAUAUGGAAGAAAUGGGUUCCUAGCUUAUCUGGUACUGAUCUUACAUGCUGCCUUAGUGUUGUGAAGGAUGCAAGUUGUGUUAAUCUAUACGAGGCCACAUCUGGCGCAAGUGCAGUAUUGUUCGUCGUAUCUUAUAAUAUUCCAUGGGAGCUCCAAAAGGCCCAACUUCAUAAUCUUCUGAAUUUAGUUCCUCCUGGUUCAUGCUUACCGCUUCUAGUCUUAAGUGGUUCUUAUAAUGUCGAAGAUUCUGAUCCUUUCUCAGUUAUAGUUAAUGAAUUGGGGCUGCAUAACAUUGACAAAUCACGAGUAUGUGGCUUUUCGGUUGUUUUCCUUGUUGGUAAGCAAUAUUCAGAAAGCUCGAAUGGGUUUCUCAGUGAUAAAAAGUUGAGGGAAGGGUUGAAGUGGCUAGCCAAUGAAUCACCUCUCCAACCUGUUAUUAACGGUGUAAAGACAGGCGACUUUGUAAUGUCCCAUUUGAGUCCGGUUUUGGAGGAACUGGAUAAGAUGAGUGAUUAUGAAGUAGGUCCGAAUCACUGCAUCUCAGUCUUCAAUGAAGCAUUGGAUUGGUCCUCGCAAGAACUUGCUUCUGCUAUUAAAGCAAAUCCUACCAAUUGGCCUUGUCCUGAGAUUAUGUCGCUGAAAGAUUUUAGUGACGAACUUUUAGCUGUGAAGUUAUUCUUGCCGAGUGUGGGGUGGAGCUCGACAGAAAAAACUGCGCCACUUGAAUGUGCGUUGAAAGAUUGUCAACUUCCUCGUUUUCCUGAUGUUAUCUCAUUGUUGCAAAGUGGUUCCAAGAUGGGAAAGGAUAUUCAUAACCACGUUUCACUACUUGAAAACUGCUUGACCGAAUACCUAACACAAUCGACAAAGAUGAUGGGGAUUCAACUAGCUACAAAAGAGACAUCCGUGAUGUUGCAAAGAAACACACGGCUUGAGCUGCGCAACUUGAGCUACUAUCUUGUGCCAAACUGGAUCACAAUCUUCCGACGGAUUUUCAACUGGCGACUUUUGAGUUUAUCAACUGAGGCAUGCUCCUUUUCUUAUGUAUUGCAGACUCAUCAUGUCCCCCCAAUGUCGGGAGACUCGAUUAAGUUGCGGCUUGAAGUUGAAACUUCACCUCAUUGUUUGAGUCAUCCAUCUCUAGAUGAAAUACUUGAAGUCGGUUAUAGUCCCCUCAAGUCUCGAAGGAUUAGUUUCGAUCCUGAACCUUCUCGAGCAGAGACAACCUUCCAUACUGUAGUUCAAGAGGCGGCUACAACAAGCAUCUCCCAGAAAUCAUUGGAUGAAGACAAUGAUUCUUCAAAGAAGCAUGGAUUGGCAAUUGUAGAUACAAGUAAAGCAAAUGAUAUUAACGGUAAAACGACAGUUGCAGUUACCAAAACGGAUAGAUUAAGCCAGUUGUUGGAGAAAUGUAACAUAGUACAGAAUAGUAUAAGUGAGAAGCUAUCAAUAUACUUCUGAUAUACGGUUCCCUUUUGUAACUUACAUAACAUUAAAUUUGAGCUGGUUUUGUAAUGUUAUAUU